GCUGCUCUGUCUGUCUUCCUGUUGUUGGAGCGAUCAGGCAGAAUGUGGUUGCUUGGAUUGUGCCAUGGUAACUUAGUUUACGGCAGUGCCGAAGUGCAUCAAGAAUAGCUUGAUCAAAUUCACAAGUAGCAGCUGUUGUGUAUAUGGGAAAGGAAAGCUUGAUCCUUGAAAAGUUUUCAUGGUUGGCCAUUCGUUCAUGCUGCAACAUUUGCAGGCCCCUUUUUCAAGUAUCCUCAUGCUGCUGCAGUCUGUUGGCUUUACAUCACCGGAGUACUCAUAGGCAUGCGGCAGAAGCAUUUGGCUCACUUUCCCUUGAAACCUUAGUUAUCAUCUGAUUAAGAAUGGUUGAUUGUGUCCAGAGUUGCAGUGGCAGCAAGUCAAAAAGGAUCACGCUUGCAAUUGGGGGAUGACAUGGAUCACGCUUGCAAUUUCUACUCUAACAGCAAAGACGGAUGACAUGGGUAAGUAGUGUGUCUCCAGACCUAAUCAUAAGUUGUGAAGAAGCUGUAUGUGCAGCCUAUUAUUAUUCCAUUGGAUGCAGAAGGUUUAGGUCGAGCGUCGGUAAAAGAUCGCUCUCACCCCCGUCAACCGUGGCUUUUGGUUGAGCAACCAUUCCGGACAUCGUUCCAUGUUCUGAUGCCACAGCCACAUGGCCACUCGUCCGAGAUCUGUUGACCCAACCCGGACUACUCCACUCAUUCAACCGCCGUAAAUUGGAAUGGCCCGACCAUUUCCGGCGGACUCAAGCGAGCUUGAAGCUACUUGUGGCCGCGGCGAGUGGUAGCAUAAUUGUUCCUUCCGCAGCCCGCAAACCCACUCCCCCCCAACGCACCCAACUGCCCUCCUCUUGCUAUUUCUAGCCCCCUCUCCGCUUACACUUCCGCCCGCGCCCGGAUCGAGAAGAAGCGUCCUCCGGUUGUUUGCGUGCGUGAUGGCGAAAGAGUACCAAGGUGAAGAGCUUUGGCUGCCCUCUCACUUCCUCUGCGAUGCCUUCUUCCUCGAGGGAGGACCCAAGAAUGGUGGGGAAACCGUCGACGACGUGGCUGGGCUUGCCCAGCAGAUGGCUCGCUAUUUCCUUCCUUGCGCCCACGAGGACGCCCCCGUUGCGGCUCCGGAGCAUGCUAAGGCCAUGGCGCGGUCGCCGCAGUCCACGCUCUGCGCGUGGUCCACCUCCAACAAGGGGAGCCCCAACGGCCCCUCGCUGGUGUCGUCGCCGCCGUCCUCGUCCCCGCUGGCGCAGCGCAGCAAGGACGACCCUUGCGACCUGCUCUGUGAGGCGGCGGACCAGGUGAUGCUGCUAAGACGGCUCGGCGAUCUCGGCCGUCACCGUACCGUGUACGACCGUGGGGUCCUCGGUCCGCCGAGGCUGCCCUUACCGGCUACGUUCGCGAUCUCGAGGAACAUCGAUGACGGCUACGACGCCUCCACGCCGGUUUUCACCCUUGAGCAACUGCAAGCAGCUCGAUUUUACCACCUAAAGCGUCAGCAAACGAUGAAUCAGCAGUUGUCGGCGGCAUGGGGGAGGCAGAGCAAAGCCAGAUGUUGCGGUGGACGGGACGGGGAGGGCCGGUGCGGGUGGCCUUUGGAUCUGUCGCCCUCCGCGUGGCCGCCACUUCGAGAGCCACAGCUGCCGAAGCAGCGACCGCCGCAACCAGUGGCCGGAAUGCGGACCGUGUUCCUCGACGGCUCCCACGCGCGGAAGGAGCCCAUCGGCACCGGCGUGUUCCUUCCCCGGUCCGCCUGCAACGUGCUCGACCCGAGGAAAACCACUGGUCGUCCGACCGCGCUGGUUCCUGCGAGGAAGGUUCAAGCUUCGAGCCUGAACCUAGAGGUGUUAGCAGGACGGCCGGACUUCCCUGGUCGCCUUGUGGUCGGUCAUGAUGCUCGCAUCCGUCCCAGCAGCGCGGUGCCAUCGCAUCAGACCAAGAAGCACCACCGCCUCGGAGCCCAGCCGACCGCCGCUGCAGCAGCAGCAGUCGUGGCCCACGAGGUUGGACUCCCCCAGGAGUGGACCUAUUGACUUGCUUGCGACUCACUCUUGAUGUUUUGCGUCAGCUCUUAGCAUAGCGCGUAGGAGAGAAGGAAAAGAUUAGUGUAUUAAUAGGAGCAACAGCAGUAGGGAAGGAGGCCGCAGCGUAGGCGGAAAUAAUCGUCGUGGAUGUGUCAUUGUGGCGAAGAAUCAGUGUGGGAUCGGUGUUUUGCGACAAGAAAUUAACAUCCAUCCCUCCUUUUUGUUGUCGCUCGCCAAACCACAUCGAUUGUGUCUUCUGCAGCA